UUCCAACUUGUGGAUAUCUUUACCUGUUCUGGCGAUACUCAGCCAAAUGUGACGUACUCGUUUGCAGCUACAGGUGACGGAGAAAAAACGAAACAUUUUCAGAACGGUGAGUGCGAGGUUGGAGAGCGGGUUGGCAAUUUUUAAACUCUCUUGCGCUGACGAGGAUAACUGCGUGUGUUGUUUUUUUUUUUUCUUCCCUUGGCGGCGUUUCCAAGACCGGUGAUGAAGUUCGGUUAUUUCCACGUUCAUAAAACUCCAAUGUGCAAAUGAGUCUUAUUCCAUUCGCUAUGCUGAGGAAACGGAUUUUAUAUUUAGUGAAUAUAUUGUUUUAAUGCGGAUUGUGACCGGGGACGAAGUAGCUAUGACAUAAAAGUAUUGGUGCCUGCCUGAUAUGGGCCCUCACCCCGAAACCCCUGUCGAUAUCCAGAAGUAUAUAGGAUCCUGCCUCAUCACGCAACAACCCAGGACCAAGAGGAAAUCCUGCCCCAGGGGGCACACCAGCGAUGCAGGAAACAGGAGCAGCGGCGGGUAUGUACUUCCUUGCAACCGCUGCUGUAGCGCUCCGAUACAAACUCCUGGAUACAACAUUAGCAAUUACGCUUGGACAGGAGUGCCGCUUAUAAGUGUGGUGCGGCAAAACAAAGUACAGUAUCCGGUACAUUCAGGGAAAGGCAAUCGAAUCUAUCCCCGUGGUAAUCACAAUCCGUUGGAAUAUUCCAUUCCACCUGGAGCGGAAAUCACCGAUUGUGGUAACUUGGAAGAAAUCUUACCGAUUUCCCGUUUGGCCAUCCACGCUCAAGGAGCGCCUUUGAUCCUAUCCCCUAAAGACAAGGAAAAAGAUCCCGAACCCUUCCUCAGCCCAAUCGCGUCAUUCAAAAAUAGAGAAUUUUGCCUGGGUGAGAGCCCAGGGGGAAAUGGCCCCAUCUACAUGCUGAUGUCCAGUUCAGGAGUGGACGAUCUGUAUCCUCAAGCUUCAAGAAAUAGUUGCUAUAUUGAGGAAGACGUUUCGGAUAUUGGUCUGAACCCCUCCCGUGCCGUUUCCUCGUCACCCUCCCAACAGAGCGAUUGUACCAGCACUACUUCCGAAGAUUCGAUCAUUUCCGAGAACGGUUUACCAAGAAUUAUCAAACCCAGGAAACGCCGUAAGAAGGAUCGACGCACCAGCGAAAGUGAUACCAGUUGUGCUGCUGGCAUGGAUGACCCAUCCGGUACUAUAGUGACCCUCAAACCUUACCAGCCUCUUUGUUAUCGGUAUGACAGUAAUGGUACCAAGAUAUACCCUUCACCGCCGAUAUCUCCCAAAGCUUCAGCCACCAUCCAACUAUGUGAUAAUUCCGAGUGGAGGCGAAAGAAGGGGUGGUACCCUUAUCCCCCGUCACCGCGUUGCCGUUGCCCUUAUUGUGUACCACCGCCUUCCACCUUUCUCACGCCACCGGACUCACCAGUGGACGUGUCUGAAGAUGGUCUAGCAAUGGCUGUUAUCCGAAAAAAUGGCGGACAGUUAUCUCAAGAGUCAGGACAUGUUAAACGAGGAUAUAACAAUUUUCUUGUACUAAGCAACGGAGAGGAUAAUUCAAAUGAUGAAAAUGUAGGAAGAAACCUUAACACCGUAGUCCUUCCAUCAUCACAUCCCCCUGCAAGACCAUGGAUCAGUAUGGCACAAAAUGCCGACUCCCCUUGUUUGUUCACAGUCAUGUGUUACAAUAUUCUCUGUGAUAAAUAUGCUACUCGGCAAAUGUAUGGGUAUUGCCCAAAUUGGGCGUUAGAUUGGACCUAUAGAAAAAAACACAUUCUCUCUGAAAUUAUUCAUUAUAAAGCUGAUAUCAUUUCUCUUCAGGAGGUUGAAACAGAACAGUUCUAUAAAUAUUUCUUACCUGAACUCAAGAAGGAAGGAUACGAUGGAAUUUUCUCACCCAAAUCUCGUGCAAAAACCAUGUCUGAAAUUGAUAGGAAACAUGUUGACGGAUGCGCAAUUUUUUACAAAACUCAAAAAUUUACCUUGGUUAGAGAACAUCUAAUGGAAUUCAAUCAAUUAGCGAUGGCAAACGCUGAGGGCUGUGACGAUAUGCUGAAUAGAGUUAUGACAAAAGACAACAUUGGAUUAGCUGCACUUCUUCAAACAAAAAUUGGAGCCUAUCAAAAUGGUGUUGAUCCAUCUCAAAUCAACCAGCACAUCUUGGUUUGCACUGCUCACAUCCACUGGGAUCCAGAGUACUCGGAUGUGAAACUUAUUCAGACGAUGAUGCUGAUGCAUGAGCUAAAGUUCUUUGUCGAUGAUAUCCUCCAGAAAAGCAAUAUACCCCUUCAUCAGAAAGCUGACCCCAACAUCAUUCCCCUUCUCUUGUGUGGAGAUUUUAACUCACUUCCAGACUCAGGUGUAAUAGAAUACCUCUCCUCUGGCCGUGUACAAACUGAUCAUUGUGACUUUAAAGAGUAUGUCUAUAAAGAUUGUUUGAGCAAACUUGGAAAUUCUGCAAAAGCAAAUGAAUUUGCCCAUCCAUUUAAAAUAUCAAGAGCUUACGAAGAUGGUAUUAUGCCAUUCACAAAUUAUUCAUACGACUUUAAAGGUGUCAUAGAUUACGUCUUCUAUUCCAAACUCCAUAUGUCAGUGCUUGGUGUUCUUGGUCCAAUUGACUCCAACUGGCUCGAAGAGAACGGCAUACACGGCUGCCCUCACCCUCACGUACCCUCUGAUCACUUCCCCAUAGUGGUGGAACUACAACUCAACCCCACAGUCCCCAUACAGCUCUCUCCUCCCAAUGGCAUUGUCUCACUCCACAGGUAGCAUUGAAUUAAAUAAACAAGAUCAUCACUGUAACCACCAUUUUGCACAAUUAUUUCUGUUUGGAUUACUUCACUUCAAGUCAAUAGCCUGGUGUAAUUCUUGUCGCUUUAAGACUGACGCAUUUUUUUAUUAUUUUUUUUCCUUCAAAUGGGACUUCUUAAAUGGUUGUAUAUAAGCUUUUAAAUCUUUUCUCCUUCUUCAGCAAUAUUGUACAGUUCGCUGAAUUUUUUUUUUAAAAAAAAGAAUAAAGAACGAACUUUAAAGUUGGAUGGAGAUUUAAUUUCAUUGUAGCCCCUAAGCUUCGUUUAAUGGAUAGAUUGUAUGUUAUAAUAGUUGAUUUAAAUUUCAGUGUUAUAAGAAAGUUGUCAGUUUGUUGUAUAUAGUUACUAAUGUAGUUACGAUGUUAGAAAUGAGAUUAUUAUUUUGUAUAAAUCUUAACAACCUAACACUUUUGACUGUAUCGGGGGAAUUUUUUUCCCUCCUCAAAAUCACUGUUAAAAAAAUUUUAAUCUUGCCUGAUUCUGUUUGAUUUUGUAGCAUGUAAUUUUUUCAUAAUAGGUAUGUUUAACAAUUGUAAACUUGCAUUUAUUGUUUUGGCUGUGAUAUAUUGAUUAUGAUUGUUUUUUUUUCUUCAAUCAUGAACAUUAGAUAUGCAUAUCAUUUCACUUUAACAAUCCUAAUUUUAAAUUUUUCUUCUUGCAAAUUUUUAAUCUUAUUUUUUUAUGUGGUACAAAAUACAUUAUGCAUAUCUGUUACAGUAUUUUUGUUGAUAUUCCAUUGCCUUUUUUUUUUUUUUAUCUUUCUUAAAUUUUCUAGUAUUAAACUUAGUGUUUAUAAAUUGUAUUAUAGUUGUGUAAUUUUCAAAAAAAAUCGUAUAACUUUUUUUUUUAUAGUGACAUUUUUGUUAAAUAAAAUUUACUUUUUUCAGAAUUUUGUGCUUGUGUUUUACUGUGUAUGGUAAUAUUUCAAUCUUAAAUUUGAUCAUAAGUGUUAACUUUAAUUGCAUUGUGAAUUUUCAUAAUAUUUUCUUAUUACAAUUUUUAUUAAGGAAUUCUAAUUCAGCGUAACUGUAUGUGGUCAAAUGUACACAUCUAUUUAUUCAUAUUGCUACUUCUCAAAUUUAAAAUAAUAUAAAGUCUUAUUUUUUAUUGCUUGUCACUGUUUGUUAAUAUUUUAGAUUAUUAUGUAAAAAUUUGUUCACUGACACUCAAGAAAUAACUAAGCAAACUUCACCAUGCAAAUUAUUUAUCACUAACAUGAUAGUAACAUAAGUUUUACCUGUGAAAUUACACAAUUUUACAAACUUUUUGUACUUUUAAUGUUGCAGUAUCAGUAUUUAAAUCUUAUUACAUAUAAUAAGAUAAAUAAUCUUUAUCAAAAAUGUGGCAUCUUGAUUUUAACUUCAACUAAAAAUAAUACAACUGUUUACAUAUAAUUGGUGUUGAAACUCAUUAUUUUUAAUCAUUGGCUACUUAAAGUUUAUUAAGUUUUAAUCAUAAAAUUGAAACAAAACAAAAAUUAGUCAUUUACUGGGCCUCUUUUUUUUAAAGCUCGAAUUCAAUCAGUUUUUUAUUAUUACUAUUGUUAAUUUUUUUAAAAAAAUAUUCUUAGGAUUUAUUUAAACUACUCAUGAAAUUAUUUGCUCUGCUUAAUCUUUUUUAGAAAAAGUAUAUAUACUGAGAUUUUUUGCUCUAUGGGGUUUCUUUUUUCAUCAACCUCUGAACAUCCAAUAUCUUUCUAAAAUAAAUUCUCAACAUAAAAUUUAUUUUAGUGUAGCUGUGUGUUUACAUCAACUCUAAUUCUCUCUAGAAUAAAACAAUUCAGCAAAUUUUUGGAUGUUCAGAAGAAAAUUUGUAAAUUUACAAACGACUUUCUUUCAGGGGGUUUAAUAUUCAAAUUUCAUUUUCAAUUUUAUAUAUUUUUUAAAAAAAUGCAUGGAUACUUUAUGGAGGAUAUGACUGACAAAGAACAAGCUGUAUUUUAUGUUCUCUUUCUCUAAUAUUUCUAUGUGUUCUUGAUAUACUGUAAAGCAAAAAACUAGUUAUAGAUUUUAUCUCUAUUAUAAAGCCUUCUGUGAUUUUAUUUUGUUAGAGAAGGUACUGUUAUACUUAAUUCAUAGUAUUGUGUUCAUCCUUUUUCUAGAAAAUUUUCAGUGAUGAAAUCUAUCAUAGAUUUUCAAUUUUUUUCUUUAAUGUGUAAAACGUUGAAAAGGAAAAUGGGACAUUCUGCAUAAAACAUUCCUUUCUUCCUUCUGGUUCACUGAAUAACUCUCUGGUUCACUGAAUAAUAACUAAAGUAUUUAAAUUUAAAACAUCGCAUAACUUUUAGUUUUAUCCAAAACUUGGUAGUUUUUAAAAUAUUUAAUAUUUUCAGGUUUAUGUUCAAAUCAUAAAUUAAUAUUGUACCAAAAUUAUUAGAUUCCAUCAGAAAGUGGCUUCUUAUAAAUCAAUUUAAAACAUAUGUUAAUUUCCUAAAUUGUAGUUAAUUUUACAUAAAUUUAAUAUUUUAAAAUUUACAUUCAAAAAAUAAGAUUAAUGCAAUAUUGAACGUCGAAUAUAGCAAGAUAUUUCUCACAACUUUAUAAUUCAAAAUUUAAUAUCAGUUUCUUAUUCUCAUCUGAUUUCCUUUAAAACUUUUGAAUACUGGUGUUUAAAUUAUUGUCAUCUUAGGGUUUAGUACAUUUCUCAAAGUUUAGGUUAAUAUUUUCAACUCAAAAAACUCGAUGGUACAUCUGGUUUUGGUGUCAUGCAAUUUAAUUAAUGAAUUUUUUCAGUUUAUUUAGUUUUUGUUUUCUUCCUAGUUCUGUGAUUGCUUUCAUCUCUGAAUUUUUCUAGACAUUCUCAUUUGAUGUGUAAUUAUUGCUUUCGUUCCUGAAAUCAAGGUCAAAUCUUUGGGGGAAUAUUUUGACCUUGAAGUUACCUAUAACUUGGAACGGCAAUUCUAGAUUUGUUUUAUGCAUGACUUCAUUUUCAUUCAGGGUUUGGGUGACCCUAGAAUGUGACGACAUUUUGAAUGGUAUAAAUAUUUGGUUGCUGUAAUGGUUUUUUUUUCUGCUCAUCCUAACAUUAGACCUAACCAUUGUCCUUCGGUCUUUUAUAUGUGUUACAUUUUUAAAUGUGACCCCUUUUAUAGUGUUAGGUAUUUUGAUGAAAGUAUUGAAAUUCAAAAUUGUUUUGGGUUCUUUUUUUGUACAAUUAGUUUUUAAUUAAUUUUUAUAAUGUAUAUGUGUUUAUAAAUCAAUUUUAAUCGUACUGUGGGUUUUUGUGUCUUCUGUGUUUUUAAUUUUUAUUGAUAGUUCUGUAAUUCUGACUUGCAACCAAAAUAGUUGUAUGUUGUUUUGUUCCUAUUUGAAUAACUUAAAAAAUUUUCUUAGUUGUUUUAUUUUUUCCAAUUCACUCAUCUUUUUUUAUAAAAGAAAACCAUUCUCAUAUUCUGUAUAGAAAUUUAUCUGUACAUUUUUCAAAAAAGUAGUUCAUGUAUUAAAUUCUGAUAAAUGUGGACAAUAAUAAAAAAAGAAAACUUUUUUGUGUA